ACCUCCAUACUUGAAUGUUAUCUGCAGUAGCCAAAAACAAAGUUAAAAAUUAAACAGUGAAUUUUGAUCAAAGAUGGCACAAUACGGCAAUCAAGACCAAAUGCGCAAGACUGAUGUCCAAGAAACAGGAGUCUAUCGAGGUACCGGUACUGGUGGUAUGAUGGGGGGCACGGGUACUGGCGCUAUGGGGGGCACUGGUGGAGAAUAUGGAACUCAAGGCAUGGGUACUGGUGGAACUCAAGGCAUGGGUACUGGUACUCAUCACCAUGAGGGGCAACAGCAGCUUCGUCGAUCCGACAGCUCUAGCUCGUCGGAGGAUGAUGGAGAAGGUGGGAGGAGAAAGAAGGGUUUGAAGGAGAAGAUAAUGGAGAAGAUGCCUGGACAACAUGAAAGUGAGUAUGGACAAACAACAGGUGAAGGAGCUGGAGAGAAGAAAGGAAUGAUGGACAAAAUCAAGGACAACAUCCCUGGGAUGCAUUGAACACCUUUGUUUUCAUGUCCAUCUUAUCUUAUGAAUAAGUAGGGUAGUGCUUGAUUCUAUUUCAUGCACUAAUUAGUAGUAAUCGUUAUGCCAAUAAUUAUCUAAUUACGUACACUCUAUGUGUUUAAAGUCGUGUAAGGGCAGUGUGCUCACGCCUAUAUACAUAUGUGUGUAUAUUGGCGGCCAUGCCCUUCCCCUUCCGUAUUUUUAAAACAAGAAUAUUGCUUCCAUGCUUGGAAGGCAAUGAUCAUGUUGAUGUGUGUUAUGGUGUCCCGUGUUUAAUGAUGUUUUGGAAAUAAAUAAUAUAACUUGUGCUAUUUUUCUUUUGAGCUCAA